GCGGCGGGCCGUGGCUGACACGUCCAACUCGCUUAGACCGUUAAGCUUCCCGUGGUAAUUAAGUUCCAAGCGAAGCCGUCUCACUACAUAAAACGUCAAUUACAAUCCAGCGGUACCCCCAAAUCACAAUACAAACUCGUGCGCGGGUCUUCUCGGAUAGCCUGGGCAGAGACAUUCCACAGCUCCAUUCUUUGCCGCUACCACCCCCAUCAGAUCGCCACGCGCGCAAUUUCCCCCAGACAUGCGAAGCCGGCGCCCGUUGAAACAUUACAAAGCAAACCGGGCCGCCGAUAAUUUAGCAAGCCUUAUCAGACCUUUAUCACCGUAAAGAAUGGACGCCGAAUCGGGGGACCAGCCGACCCCGCGGCAGGCAAAGAAAAGCGAGCAUCAGGCCGUUAUCAAAGCCCAGAAUCGGCGCAGAGAAUACCUUGAGCGUACACCGGAAUACUUUCACAAUGUUGAACACGAGCUAUCAGAUCCUGUGCUAUAUGAACGCUUGGUGAAGCGCUAUCAGUCGGCAGAAGAACGCCAGGCCGAAGGCAAAAAGAAGGGAUAUGGGCGAACACUAGAAGCGGAUCUCAUCCGCGGAGAGACAAAGAUAUCGAGUAUUCGACCGGGAGCAGAGGCCGAUGCCAUUUCAUCAUCGUCACCCAUGAGCGUCGCCCGCCAGCGAUUAAAAGGCGGCGAGCCGUGGGAUCAAGACGUUUCCGACAAAAGCCAAGGACUGGAGCUAUGGAAGGAAUAUCUCUGUGACCGUUUCAUUCGCGGUGAUGACGAAGAGUUUGAUUAUACCCGUGUCGACAGCAAUGAGGACCUAGAUGUGCUGGCGAGAGCAGACGCAGAGGACGAGUGGUUUGACCAAGAAGAACCAAGCUGGCACGAGGAACAGGGCGAGGCGUCUCUUCAGGGCGAAACCGGCGUUCAGGAUUAUUAAUGACUCUGAUGAAAACUCACGUAUAGAAUAGAUACCAAAGCGGCAGCGGCUAUUGGCCCCGUUGAUUGCAUCAUAGGCAAUUGACACAACGAAAAUAAUAAAUAUCAAAGAUUCACUAUC